AUGUUUAUUGAGGGUUAUGUUCUCUUGAAGUUAAGUGGUUUAUUACUUCAAGACAAGAGUCAGAGUGUUUCUCCACCAAGUUUGUGCUUGACAGCAUUUCAUCAAUCGAGGUUCAUUAGGUUUUCUAAGUCAUGGCCAGCUUGGUCAUAUUUCUUUCUGUAUCCCCAUGUUCAUUUCCAAGUUGUUCUACGAGAUGAUCCUUCAACAAAUGGAGCUCAUGUGGUCCGGAAGCUUUGCAAAAAAUGGGCCCCUCCUCUUGUGACAUUACUCUCAGUAGUACCUGAGAUACAAUAUGUUGCCCUACGAAAUAUCAAUCUUAUUGUACAAAGAAGACCGACAAUUCUUGCACAUGAAAUUAAGGUGUUCUUCUGCAAAUACAAUGACCCUAUCUAUGUGAAAAUGGAGAAAUUAGAAAUUAUGAUAAAGCUUGCUACAAACCGAAAUAUAGACCAGUUUUUAUUGGAAUUUAAGGGAUAUGCUACUGGAGUUGAUGUAGAUUUUGUUAGAAAGGUUGUUCGUGCAAUUGGCCGUUGCGCCAUCAAAUUAGAGAGAGCAGCUGAGAGAUGCAUUAGUGUAUUGCUUGAGUUGAUCAAGAUAAAAGUAAAUUACGUGGUUCAAGAGGCAAUCAUUGUUAUCAAAGACAUAUUUAGACAAUACUCCAACACAUAUGAGUCCAUAAUUGUAACUCUUUGUGAGAGCUUAGACACCUUGUAUGAGCUCGAAGCUAAGGCAUCAAUGAUCUGGAAAAUUAGUGAAUAUGCGGAAAGAAUUGACAAUGCUGACGAGCUUCUUGUCAAUAUUGCUACAUUAUCUUCUGUUUAUCACAACCACCCAUUAUAUCUGAACAAAAUCACGGAUGGUUCUGUUGCUCGCGUUGCCCCAAAACUUGAAUUGAUGGGGCCAUGUUCUAGUGUUAAAGACAGGAUUGGCUAUAGUAUGGUUACUGAUGUAGAGGAGAGGGGGCUCAUUACACCUGGCAAGAGUGUCCUCAUUGAGGCAACGAGCGGUAACGCGGGAAUCAGAUUGGCCUUCCUAGCAGCAGCAAAAGGAUACAAGCUUAUCACUACAAUGCCUACUACAAUGUGUCUUGAAAGAAGAACCAUUCUUCUAUCUUUUGGGGCUGAGUUGGUUUGUUAUGAAAGAUCCUGCAAAAGGGAAUGA